AUGCCGCGAAUCGAAGAAGAGGUAGACGAGAGUAAGAAAGUAGAGUUUGAUGAUGAUUUUGACAUGCCAUUGAAUGCACUGGGAGGUCAAGGGAAUCAAGGAGCAUUGCUCGAGCAUGUUGAUGAGGCACAGCAACCAGCACAACAACCAUCACAACCUCCAGCAUCUACGAGCACAUCUACAAGUGCACCACCGCCACCUUCCUCAUUCCCAGGUAUGCCCGGCAUGCCUGGACUUCCAUCCCAAUUCAUGGAGGAGGAGCGUAUACCCUUGCCCGUAAUAAUAGACUCGAAAUCCAAACCACGCAUGAGACCUAUCCAUGAUGAAAUGGAGCUGGAUGAAUACAAGAACUGGAUAACACUCUACCCGGUUUACUUUGACGCUAAAGCCAAUCAAUCACAACGGAAGCUACCACGUAACAAGUGUGUGUGGUGGCCACUUGCGAACGAUCUCGCAGAGUGUACGGGUAAUCUCGGCUACAGGACGUUAUUCGAGCCCACCAAAACACAUCCAAGCGAUUGGGAGAAUCCAGGUAGAAUCAAGAUCGAGUUAGAGCACAGUGGUCAUAAAGAGAAGACGAGAGUAAUUAGCGAGAUCGGCGAAGAACUCAAGGAUAAGUUGAGGGAUGACACUGUUAUACAGAAACGCACUCAUAAGCUGCCUUCUGCACCUAAGAAUGUCACGCUGAGGAGACCGGCUUGGUCGCCUGCUAAACCUGUAGGCAUGUAUCCAAAGACGGCCAAUGAACAGCCACCUCCAGAACCUAUUAAACCUGGAACCAAGCCAGAUGAGGCACCUAAAAAGGAGAAAAAACCAAAGAUUAAGCGCAAAGUUAUACGUGCAUAG